GAAUGAUUUAAUUUAAUCUCUCACGUAUUUCGUUUCACGGCAAAACAUAGCCAACAUUUUAAAGCGGCGGCAGAUCAAUUAUAUUUUUCAUCCGUUUUCAAUCUGCUGAACCAGCUGAAAACACGACAACUGAGACGUACACUUGCAACAAAUUCUUGAUCGACAGAAUACGCGCGUUUUUCGCCGCCUAACGAUGGUUUUUCGAUUGACUGAAAUUAGCGGGGUAGAUUUACUGCCUCGAAAAAGAAAACUGCAAUGCAGGAAUGGUCAUUUCCUGGAGGUACGACCUGAUGGUACAGUAAGAGGAACGAAAAACAACGACAGCAUCUAUAGUAAGUACCAAAAUUACUGUCGCACCAUUACAUGGAACCAACAAAAACAGUGAAUAAGGAAUUCCACCUUUUUCGAGGGUUAUAAAUUUGUAAUCGACGCAAUGAAAUGAGAUUUUAGGAAAUAACUGCUGCGGGGAAAAAGAGUAUGCUUCUUUAGAUACGAUAACAACGUUGAAAGGUUUCAUUACACAACCUUUUUGCUGGCGACAGUUAUCAGUAUGGACAGCUCCCUUUUCAUUGAAGGUUUUCCAAGAAAACAAAAAUAGGGAAGUAAUAGAUCUGAGAAACACUUUACACUUUCUCUUGAUAGGAGAUUUAGAUUGUGUGUAAGUUUACAGGGAUUUCAAGUCCUUAACAACAUAACAUUCUUGUACAAUAACAAUGUUUUGGCAAUUAUUUACCAUGAAGAAGUUUGUUAAUAUGGCUCGCUGGCGUGGGGAAAUAAAAAAAAAUUAAAAGUCGCCUCCUUGGAUUCAAACCACAGACCUACCGAUUUUACGGGGGCUGUAUGCUCUAACAAUUGAGCUGCAGCCGAGAAAAUUAGAUUGCUAGCGAGGCCAUGUAUUAACCCUUCAAUUUCCAUGAGUGACCAAGACAGAAUUUCUCCUUACUAUAUCAGUACAAUAUCAAGCAGACAAGUGAUGAGAAUAAAGAAAAAUAUUAAUUAUGGGAUUAUUUGUUGAUCCAAUACCAAAUUCUCUGAACUAACACUAUAAGAAUUGUAUGGCAGAGAGUAAGGAGAAUUUCCAAUGAGAUCCUGGGAGUGAAAGGGUUAAUCAGGUUAAUAUUUGAGCAUCCUGCAUUUGUCAGGGAGAAAGUACAAAAAUGUUCAAUUGAUGGCCUGGAGAUCUCAGGUUCAAACCGUUAUACGAAAUGCUAUGAUUUUGACUGAAAAGGAAUACGUUCUAAAGGAAACUAGUUGAAAGAUUUAGGGGCGAACUGGUAAAGGUGGGGGCAAAUUUGCUUCGCUUCAGUGAGUGAACUCGCAAAGGUGACAGGAAGCGAACUUCCAAUGGUGCGAAAUCUCCAAAUAACGCUUUGAUCGCUGAUUAUUUCCUAUUUCACUGAGCAAACGCAGAGGCCCAGUGUUUGGGGACGCACGAGACUGCGGGUCGAUAGGUUCAGGAUUGUCAGGAUCGACCCCAGGUCAUUGCAUCAUGUUCUUAGGGUAAAAACUUCACUCUGAUGAUGCUUAUCCCAAUUCACGAGCUGAGGAAGGAGGGUUACCUCCAAGAAAUUAGCAUCUCAUUCAGAGUAGACAUACUUCUAAUCACUGUGCCACUGAGACUAGGGAUAAGCACUGCUAAUUGUGAGCCACUUGGCUGUAAGACUACACCUUAUGCUCCUCUCCUCAGCUGUGUUUCAUCUCAACUCUGUGGGACCGAACAUAGUUACUUUGUGGGCUGCAGAAGCUCGGCUUUACGUCGGUAUUGACGACCGUGGGAACAUAGUUACUUCGGUAAGUGCCGAUGUGUAUAAAACUAACAUUGAAGAACCUUUUAACUUUUGGCACUGUUGUUCUGAAUAGCAGACCGGAAACAUCGAUUGUCGACAAUUCUGGUUUAGGUUAAGUUUUAAUCUUGGACGUAAAAUUCUUAGUGAAGACAUUAUUUCAAUUAUUGUGUGAACAUGAAAUAAUAGCGAUUGGAGACUCUGUUUCCUUUAAUCGUGUUCGUCAAUCAACUGGCUACAAAUAUUACGCGUACCCAGGCAAAUUUCAUAAACUAGAUAACUAUCCGUGUGUUAUGUUGCUCGCUUGCCGUUUUUAAAUUUUUCUUUCCCGUCAGGAAUUUGUUUCAAAGCAAGUACGUUUGGUAUUCUUUAGAUCAUAUCUAAAAGUCAUUUCUCGUCGCUUUUCAGGCUUCAAAGAUCCCGUCCUGUGAGCUCCGAGAGAAGCUGGACACAGAAUUUUUCACCAGCCUUAGCAAGGAGUUUUCUCCUCGCCGGCUACACUGCCUGGCGAUCUCAGUGCAGGGGAAAGUUCGAUCAUCAAUACUGACUUCUUCACAAAAUGUGCAGUUCAUCACCAAACGACUGCAUUGAUAACGUUACCAGUGGCAGCUCCAUAACGAAAGGCGAUCAGUCACAUUUAACCAUCUAGUCGAGUAGCCUUAUUUACGGAGAAGGGGGUGGAAAGAGGGCACUUAGAAUGGGGGAAGGUGAAGGGGUGCUGAUAAACCCCGACCUUGGUUUGGGAAAAAAAAAGCGUCCAUUUUGCUACCCUGUUUCAGAAACAAAUUGUAUAAAUUGUAUAGAUACGACAUAUUGACUUUAGAAAGCUCUCUUUACCAUAUACUGAGACAAAAAAAAAGGUAAUUCCUAAUGCAAAAUCGUGCACCAAUAAGUUCCCACACCAGUCGAGAAUUCUGGUCAAGAAUGACGCCCUCGUUAAGGGACUUCGGAUAAAAAUUUUGUACCUGUCUUAGAAUAAACACUUUGAAAACCGUAUUUAGCGCCAACUAUCCAUUGAGGCUUUUAAAAUAACGGAGUGACGCCAUUCCCCCCACUCCCCAUUUCGCGCAAAGUUGGAAAAUUUAUCCAAGAAAGUUAAAACUAUUUCAGGGUUUCUGUGUUUUUGUUUUUAUUGACUACCGUAAAAGUCAAAACAAAGAUGAAUGCCACAAAUAUAAGAAAUGAGAACCCUAAAGCGGAAGCACGUUACUGAUCCCACAAGUAAGUGUCCUCUCCUUUACAGAGAAGCAAAACUACUGGAAUAUCAUAUUACUUUGGAAACUAGAUUAAAAAUUUCUUCGACCAG